UCAUUUGUGUGGCAUUCGCUAACUUAAUAUCCCUUCUCUCUCUCUCUCUCUAAAUUAUCUCUCUCUCUGCUAAAUUCUUUCUUCUCAACCCAAUCCAUAGCUUAUUUGGCCGAAAUCUAACGUCUCGCCGAGUCUUUGAAGCUCAAUCAAUGUCCGAGAAUCUUUUUGCUUCUCAGUUCAAGAAGACGCUCUAUGUAUAGUGUUUGUUUUUUCCUUCUUGAUUUUGGCCCGCUUUAGAUAUUUUGUGACAUUCCUCUUCUUUCUUGACAACUUCUUCUUCGAUUUUGCUGGGGCGCGUUUCUUUUGGUUGUUUAAUGUUCCGCUUGACUCAAUGAUUUUGUUCUGUUUCAGUACAAAUGGCCUCUGCUCCUUCCAUGUCGGUUUCUUUAGAAUGUGUGAACAUAUGUAAGUUACCAAAAGGGGAUGGGAGUGGCAGAUAUGACUGUAAUUUUCUCUCGUGUGCUUGGAAAGCUCCGAGAGUCUUGACUGGGUUCCUUGCGAGUACAGCUCAUCCUCCAACGUAUUCUUUGUUGUCUUAUGCGCGAAAUGGGAGAAGAACUCGAAUCAAUUUUAUGAGUGAAACUUCCACUACAGGUGGUUGGUAUGGUAAUGAAACUUCAGAUUUUCCACACAGAAAUCUCUUUAGAUCAAGCUUGCUUCAUGUUGCUUGCAAACGAUGGCAAUUAUUUUGCUCUUCAAAUGUCAUUGACAACGUUUCUCCUGAAAGGUUGUGGGAGGAUCUUAAACCCACUAUUUCAUACCUUCCACCUAUAGAACUGGAUUUGGUCCAUAAUGCUCUUAAGCUGGCAUUUGAGGCUCAUGAUGGUCAAAAGAGACGCAGCGGAGAACCCUUCAUCAUACAUCCAGUCGAAGUUGCACGCAUUCUAGGAGAACUAGAAUUGGAUUGGGAAUCAAUUGCUGCUGGGUUAUUACAUGACACAGUCGAGGAUACUAAAGUUGUAACCUUUGAAAGAAUAGAGGAGGAGUUUGGUUCUACUGUCCGCCGAAUUGUAGAAGGAGAAACUAAGGUUUCUAAGCUAGGAAAAUUGAAAUGUAAGAAUGAAAGGGAUUCAGUACAAGAUGUAAAGGCUGAUGAUUUGAGGCAGAUGUUCCUAGCUAUGACGGAAGAAGUUCGUGUUAUCAUUGUCAAGCUAGCUGACAGAUUACAUAACAUGCGUACUCUCUCACACAUGCCUCCACACAAGCAGUUCAGCAUUGCAAGGGAGACACUACAGGUCUUCGCUCCUCUGGCAAAGUUGCUUGGGAUGUACCAAAUCAAGUCGGAACUUGAAAAUCUUUCCUUCAUGUAUACAAAUGUUGAAGAUUAUGCUAAAAUCAAGAGGAGAGUUGCCGACCUACAUAAGGAGCAUGAGAAAGAACUUGAGGAGGCAGACAAAAUUCUAAUGAAGAGGCUUGAGGAUGAUCAGUUCUUAGACCUUAUGACUGCAAAAACUGAAGUUUGUACUGUUUUUAAGGAGCCUUAUAGCAUCUAUAAAUCUGUGCUGAAAUCUAAAGGAUCAAUCAAUGAAGUUAACCAAAUUGCUCAGCUUCGCAUCAUUAUAAAACCGAAGACAUGUGUGGGAGUUGGACCUUUGUGCGCCCCACAGCAGUUGUCUUAUCUGCAGAUUUGCUACCAUGUUCUUGGGUUGGUUAAUGGAAUCUGGACUCCUAUUCCUCGUUCUAUGAAAGACUACAUUGCAACCCCAAAACCCAAUGGUUAUCAAAGUCUUCAUACAACUGUAAUCCCUUUCCUUUAUGAGAGCAUGUUUCGAAUUGAAGUGCAGAUAAGAACCGAAGAGAUGAAUCUAAUAGCUGAGAGAGGCAUUGCUGCUCAUUAUAGUGGGAGAGUAUUUGUUACUGGUUUAGUUGGACAUGCUGGGCCAAAUGGUAAAAGUUCAAGAGGAAAGACUGUGUGUCUAAAUAAUGCCAACAUUGCACUCAGGAUUGGCUGGCUCAAUGCUAUUAGAGAAUGGCAAGAGGAGUUUGUUGGCAACAUGAGCUCUAGGGAAUUUGUAGACACUGUCACGAGAGACCUGUUAGGCAGUCGUGUCUUUGUGUUUACUCCCAGGGGAGAGAUAAAGAAUCUUCCCAAAGGAGCUACUGUGAUUGACUAUGCUUAUAUGAUACACACUGAUAUUGGCAACAAAAUGGUGGCUGCUAAGGUCAAUGGGAAUUUUGUUGCUCCCAUGCAUGUACUUUCAAAUGCUGAAGUUGUGGAGAUAAUCACCUAUAAUGCUCUUUCUGGGAAAUCAGCUUUUCAGAGGCAUAAGCAGUGGUUGCAGCAUGCAAAAACACGUAGUGCCAGACACAAAAUUAUGAAAUUCUUAAGGGAGCAAGCUGCACUCUCUGCGGCUGAAAUAACAGCAGAUACUGUAAAUGAUUUCACUGCUGACUCUGAAGAGGAGAGUGAGGCAGAGGAAAUUUCUGAUGCCCCAAAAGGAUACAAGCCCGUGUGGAAUAAAUUCCUUGCAAAAAUUAUAGAAAUGUCAUCACAAGGAAAUGAAUCUAAGGCUUCUUCUCAAAAUGAAAUUGGAAGUGCUUGGGUUCCCAAAGUAAAUGGAAAACAUAGCAAACAUGUCAAGCAGGUAAGUUUGAAGAUUGAAGGGGAAUUAUCACAGGGAAUCAAUGUUUCCAGGAUGAUUCAGCCUAAUAUUCCAACGUACAAAGAGGUCUUGCCUGGGUUGGAAAGCUGGUUGUCCAGCAAGAUAGCAUCUUGGCAUAAUGUUGAAGGGCACUCCAUCCACUGGCUUUUUGUGGUUUCUAUAGAUCGAAGAGGCAUGAUGGCCGAGGUCACAACAACAUUGUCAGCUGCAGGGAUCACAAUAUAUUCAUGCGUGGCUGAGAUCGAUGGAGGAAGAGGAAUGGCAGUCAUGUUAUUCCACGUUGAAUGCAGCACAGAAAAUUUGGUUAAUGCUUGCUCAAGCAUUGACAUUAUUCUAGGUGUAUUGGGAUGGUCUACGGGUUGCAGUUGGUCAAGUUCAACAGAUAACCUAGAUAUUCUUGAAUGCUAAUUAAUCUGCAGUACCAGCCAGCCAACAGUUUCAUCCCAACAAUGGCAGGCUUUGGUAUGAAGUUUUGUCCCCAGAAAGUUGAGAUAUCACCAUGUUCAAUAAGUAGUAGCUUUUCUUAAUUUUGAUUAAUUUGUUGGACACUCAGUAACAAAAUAAACCAGCAGCAGCCAGUUGCGAGCAAAGUCUGAAUUCAGGGCACUGUAUAUAGGAAAAAGAGUGCAUAGUUAGGAUUAGUAUACAUUUUGUAAAAGAUACCUGUGAAAGGACAUUGAUUCACCUAUACUGAGGUUGUACUUGAACCAAUCUUUCUGCAAUACAUACUACCUCAUUUAUUUUC